AUGCCGCUAUCCUCGUCUCUUCCCAAUAGUCGAAUGCUGUCCGCCGCCACUGCUACCCCAAUCGCUUUGAAUCAGCAAUACCAAGUCACUUCUAACACCAUACCCCAAUCGAACGCUAUGCUUCCUCAACAGUGGCACAAUCAUUUUGGAGAAGGGUGUUCUCCAACCAAUCAACAAUCAACCAGUGGUACUACCUCAUCAUCUAAGCUUGAAACUUCUUCCCUUUCAUCAUCGAACCAUAGUAGUGGGACCGUAUCACCCCAUAAUCUCAUCUCAAACGGAGCUCAUCAUCAGCGACCGGGUUCUCUCACCUCAAAUUCGAACCUGGAUCAUUUGAAUGUUAUCAGAUCUCUCCAGGAAAGGUCUAUGGGUCCUGAUCAAAUCCACUAUGCCACAGCUAUAGCUUCUGCACUGGCAGCUAUUGCCACUAAUGGACUACAGAAACCACCUUCAUGUCAAAAUAAUGGUCUUCAUUCUCCUAAUGAGUUUUCAAGGGGUCCAAACAUGCGUGGGCCCCUGGGACCACCCUUAUCACAACCUCCCUCCUCAGCACCGUCUUACUUCCAGAUGGAUACGGAGUUAAAUGCCUUCAUGAAGCGUGUGCAAGAAGAAGAGGCGGAAAUUAAGAAACACGACUGUCCCAAAGCCGAGCUCGCUGAACCGGAAUUGUGGAAAGCCUUUCAUAAGAUGACUACGGAAAUGGUGAUUACCAAAUCUGGUCGGCGUAUGUUUCCAGCCUACAAGAUAAAUGUAACAGGACUUGACCCGAAAUCAAAGUAUGUGAUGAUGAUGGACAUAGUGCCACGGGACGAGAACCGCUACAAAUUUCACAACAAUGGGUGGGCUGUGGCUGGAAAGGCGGAUCCCGAGCCCACAAAACGACCCUACAUCCAUCCCGAUUCGCCUGCCACUGGGGAACAAUGGAUGCAGAAGCCCAUCUCCUUUCAUAAACUCAAGCUCACUAAUAAUAUCGCCGAAAGACAACCAUUCCAAGCUGUGCUUAAUUCAAUGCACAAAUACAUUCCCCGGGUUCACAUUGUACGAGCUGAUGAUUUCCUGAAGAUCAACUUCUGCGAAUUCGUCACCUUCUCCUUCGAGGCUUCGGAGUUUAUCGCUGUCACCGCCUACCAGAAUGAGCAGAUUACUCAAUUGAAGAUAGAUCACAACCCAUUCGCCAAAGGAUUCCGGGAUAAUGGAAGUGGAAGGCGUGAAAAGAAACGUCAGCGCUUACAACAACUACCUCCAUUGAAUUCCACCGAUUCAUUAGAUGAGGAGAGAAAAUUAAGGGAAGAUGGCAGAUGCAAUAAAGACUCCCUGUUACCACCCCUUCGACGACCACAUCCACCACCAUUCCCCAGUCCAUUUGGUCGUCUACCCCAACUUCCACCAAUGCCUUUUCCCACAUCAUUCCAUCACACUUCUCCGAUAAAGAACAGCAAUAAUGACAUUCUCAGGAUGUCCCAAUUAGCAGGUGUUCCUCGUUCUCCAGGACGACUUUCAGACAUGAGUACUUUGUCUGAUCGACUCUGGACUGAUAUGCGUGAUCCAGAACGCAUUCUAGUUGCUGCUGCCGCAGUUGCAAACUUCGACCGACGACCUGGUGCUCUUGCGAAUCUCCUUUCGUUAGCUGCAAGCCACCAAAGGCAUCCCAACAUCCACUCUCCACCUCGACUAGAUGCCUUCAAUUUGUUGGAUAAGACACCACCACCUCCACCUCCCUUGGCUUCAACUAUCCAACAACGGCACACAGUUCACCAUACCCCCAUGCCGAAUAAUCCAGCCCAGCCGUCAUUUUUGAAACCCUCUUAUCCCUCCCAACACUCCUCUCCAAUCUCUGAAAUCCUGGUCUCUCCACCUACAACCGUUAUGGAUUGCCGCGGCAACCCCAAUAAAGCAAGUGUCAACCUUAAUGUAGACAUGCUCAUUUUGUGGUGA